CGCUUACUAGUUACUUGUUCGAAACACGAAAGCCCAGAAAGAGAGAGAGACCGAGAGACAGAGAAAAACGAAACCCUCCUUCCAGGCCAUGACCGAAGAGCUCGUAAAACCCUUGAACAACACCGUCUGCUAAUCCCAAAGAAAUGGCUCAAAAAAUUCAGCAGCAGCUCAAGGAGGUCGGAUCCAAGCUCGAGACUCCUCCCUCUACCAAAGACGCUCUCGUCAGGCUCUUGAAGCAAGCUGCAACAUGUCUUGCCGAAUUGGAUCAAUCACCAUCAGCUUCAAUCUUGGAGUCAAUGCAACCUUUUCUUAAUUCAAUUGUCAAGCCAGAAAUGCUAAAGCAUCAAGAUAGGGAUGUCAAGCUUCUAGUUGCAACCUGUAUUUGUGAGAUAACACGCAUUACUGCACCGGAAGCCCCAUACGGCGAUGAUGUUCUGAAGGAUAUCUUUCGCUUGAUUGUAAGCACUUUUAGUGGGUUAAGUGAUACAAGUGGUCCAUCGUUCAGUAGGAGAGUGGUCAUCUUGGAGACUCUUGCAAAAUAUAGGUCGUGCGUUGUAAUGUUGGAUCUCGAAUGCAAUGAUCUGGUGAAUGAAAUGUUCACUACAUUUUUUUCUGUUGCCAGUGAUGAUCAUCCAGAAAGUGUUCUGUCAUCAAUGCAAACAAUCAUGGUCGUCCUCUUAGAAGAGAGUGAGGAUGUCAGGGAGGAUCUCUUAUUUGUUAUAUUGUCUAUAUUGGGUCGUAAUAGAAGUGAUGUUACUACCGCUGCUAGGAGGCUUGCAAUGAAUAUUAUAGAGCAAUGUGCAGUAAAACUUGAAGCUGGCAUAAAACAGUUUCUUAUAUCAUCAAUAUCAGGAGAUAGUGAGUCGGUGAACAGUGAUAUUGACUACCAUGAAGUUAUUUAUGAUAUAUAUCGUUGUGCUCCGCAGAUCCUAUUCGGAGUUGUCCCAUACCUUACAGUAGAGCUACUGACUGAUCAGCUAGAUACACGUUUAAAAGCUGUGAAGUUAGUUGGAGACCUGUUUGCUCUGCCAGCUGCUGCUAUCUCUGAAGCCUUUCAGCCAAUCUUUUCCGAGUUUUUGAAGAGGUUGACUGACAGAGUUGUUGAGGUUCGAGUGUGUGUCCUUGAACAUGUCAAGAGCUGUCUUCUGUCUGAUCCAUUAAGAGCUGAAGCUCCACAAGUCAUUUCUGCACUUUGUGACCGGCUGUUGGACUUCGAUGAAAAUGUUCGACAACAAGUUGUAGCUGUAAUCUGUGAUGUGGCAUGCCAUACUCUAAAUGCUAUUCCGCUUGAAACUGUAAAACUUGUAGCUGAGCGCCUUCGGGACAAAUCUCUGCUUGUUAAAAAGUAUACCAUGGAGAGGUUGGCUGAGAUAUACAAGGUCUAUUCUGUGAAGUUCUCUGAUAGGUCAAUCAAUCCUGAUGAUUUCGAUUGGAUUCCUGGGAAGAUUUUGAGAUGUUUUUAUGACAAAGAUUUCAGAUCAGAUAUAAUUGAGUCUGUUCUGUGUGGGUCUCUACUCCCAACCGAGUCCUCCAUCAAAGAUAAAGUUCAACAUUGGGUAAGAGUUUUCUCGGGAUUUGAUAAAGUGGAGGUGAAGGCCCUUGAAAAGAUACUGGAGCAGAAACAAAGGGUACAACAAGAGAUGCAGAGGUAUCUGUCUCUUAGGCAAAUGAAUCAGGACGGUGAUGCUCCUGAGAUCCAAAAAAAAGUCCUUUUCUGCUUCCGAAUUAUGUCUCGCUCGUUUGCUGAUCCUGCAAAGGCGGAAGAGAAUUACCAGAUUCUUGAUCAAUUGAAAGAUGCUAAUAUAUGGAAGAUUUUAACAAAUCUAAUUGAUCCAAACACUAGCUUCAAUCAAGCUUGUACUUCCCGGGAUGAUUUGCUGAGGAUACUUGGCGAGAAACAUCGACUAUAUGAUUUUUUGAGCACUCUCUCUGUUAAGUGUUCUUAUUUGCUUUUCAACAAGGAGCAUGUGAAAGAAAUACUCCCGGAGGCUGCCACACAAAAAUCUUCUGGAAAUACACGAAAUACUCAAUCUUGCAUGAACAUACUAGUGAUUCUUGCACGCUUUAGUCCAUUGCUUCUUGGUGGGGCUGAAGGGGAAUUGGUAAAUUUUCUUAAAGAUGAUGAUGAAAUAAUAAAAGAAGGCGUUUUGCAUGUUCUAGCUAAAGCUGGUGGUACCAUCCGAGAACAACUAGCAAGUUCAUCGAGUUCCAUAGAUCUUAUAUUGGAGAGGCUAUGUUUAGAAGGCAGUCGAAGACAGGCCAAGUAUGCUGUACAUGCGCUGGCAGCCAUAACAAAGGAUGAUGGACUCAAGUCACUUUCUGUUUUAUACAAGAGACUUGUGGAUAUGUUGGAGGAGAAGACGCACUUGCCUGCUGUUCUACAAUCUCUAGGGUGUAUAGCAGAGACUGCAAUGCCGGUUUUUGAAACUAGAGAUAGUGAAAUUGAAGAUUUUAUAAUAAAAAAAAUUCUUCAGUGCAGUAAUAAAGAAGCAGAUGAUACAAAAGCAUCUUGGGAUGACAGAAGUGAACUUUGUUUGUUGAAGAUAUUUGGAAUCAAGACACUGGUUAAGAGCUAUUUACCUGUUAAAGAUGCCCAUGUUCGUCCUGGCAUUGAUGGUCUUCUGGAUAUUCUUAGAAACAUACUUUCUCUUGGGGAGAUAUCAAAAGAUAUAGAAUCAAGUUUAGUUGAUAAGGCUCAUUUGAGGCUUGCUUCUGCAAAAGCGGUACUUCGUCUGUCAAAGUACUGGGACGAGAGGAUACCUGUUGAUAUCUUUCACUUAACUUUGAUAACAUCAGAGAUUAGUUUCCCUCAAGCUAAAAAACUAUUCCUGGGCAAGGUCCAUCAGUAUAUAAAGGAUCGGCAUUUGGAUGCAAAAUAUGCGUGUGCAUUCUUAUUUAAUAACAUCAUUGGAUCCAAGCCACCAGAGUUAGAAGAGGAGAAACAAAACCUUGCUGACAUUAUUCAAAUGUAUCACCAAACAAAAUCUCGACAAAGCUCUAUGCAAUGUGAUGGAAAUUCCUUAACAUCAUAUCCUGAAUACAUCCUCCCAUACUUUGUUCAUGCUCUUGCUCAUCAUUCAUGUCCUGAUAUCGAUGAAUGCAAGGAUGUCAAAGCAUUUGAACUAAUAUACAGGCAAUUGCACUUAAUUAUUUCCAUGCUGGUGCAUGGAGAUGAAGAUGCUAAAGCAGAAGCUAGUACCAACAAUGAGAAGGAAAUUGAAAGUAUUUCUGUUAUUGUCUCUAUAUUCCAAAGUAUCAAGUGCUCUGAGGAUAUAGUUGAUGCAGCAAAAUCAAAGAAUUCACAUGCUAUCUGUGAUCUUGGGAUUUCAAUUGCCAAGCGCCUAGCCCCAAAGGAGGAUGACUUGAAGCAAGAGUUGAAUGUGUUGAUCCCUAUGCCCUCUAUGCUGUACAAAUUGUAUGAAAAGAAAGAAGGGGAUGACUUUGUGGCCAGUGUGGGGCAAACAUGGUUGGCUGAUGAAAACAUCUUGACUCACUUUGAGUCACUUAAGUUGGAAACUGAUGAAGAGGUGUUUUCUGAAGUAGCUCAGGAUGAAGAACUGAAACAUGGUGAAAUAGAUGGAAAUGAAUUGCCUCUGGGGAAAAUGAUAAAACGCAUAAAAUCUCAAGGGACCAAGGCUAAAAAGGUGAAAAAGAACAAGUCUUCACCAGCUGAAGCAAAAAAUGCUGAAAAUGAUGUUGAUAUCUUGAAGAUGGUGAGGGAAAUAAACUUUGAUAACUUGGGUAUGUCUAGUAAAUUUGAAUCAAGCAAUGGUCAUGAAUAUUCUCCUGGUAAGAAAAGCAAAACAGAUCUGAAGCAUGAAAAAGGUAAAAAGAGAAAAGCUAGUGAUGCAGCAUCUGUAAAGGUACCGAAACGUCCUAGGUCAUCGUCAGCUCACGGUGGUUUCAGAUCUCCAGCAAGUACUUCAAAAACUCGUUUAAGAGAUUCAGGGGAUGAUUAUCAUAAAGCAGAAAUUUACUCAUUUCAAUCCAUUGAGACAGAUCCAGACAUUAGCCCUGAUACGGAAGGAAAAAUUUCUUUCCAGAAGAAAAUGGCUGAAGGUACUGAGUCAGACUUGGUAUCUUCCAUUCGAAAGAAACUGAGCUUCUCAGCAAAACUUAAAGGAAAAUUCCCUGACCGUGAUCAUAAUGAAGAGUUAAAUGAAUUGGGAGAAGCCAAUGAGAGUGACAUGGAGAAGCCUAUGGUGCUGACAGAGACUGAUAAAAUUGACACUAGUAAUGUCAAGUCUCCCACCGGGUCUAGCAGGAAGCGGAAAAGGAGAAGCAUUGCAGGAUUGGCGAAGUGCACAUCGAAGGCUGGUGGACGGGAUAUCGAAGACUUGAUUGGUUGCAGAAUAAAAGUUUGGUGGCCUAUGGAUAAGCGGUUUUAUCAAGGCACAGUUAAGUCUUAUGAUCCUUUAAAAAGGAAGCAUGUGGUAUUAUACGAUGAUGGAGAUGUGGAAGUUCUCCGUUUAGAAAAGGAGCGCUGGGAGCUGAUUGACAAUGGUCGCAAGUCUUCAAAGAAGAUAAAUUCAUCAAAUGGCCCCCCUUCAAAAGAAGUGUCACCGAGGAAGAAGAGUAAAAAUUCAGGUCGUUUGCAUUCGACGAAGGGAUCAAUUAAGACUGUUAAAGGGAAAAGAACUCCAAAGAGAAAUUUGAAGCAUGGGCAGAAGGAUAUAUCAAAAAGUGACUUGGGUGAGGCUGAGGACAAAGGGCAUUCUGAUAUAUUAAAUCCUGAACCCACCACAACGUCCAAAGCUGAUGAAGUGAACUCAGAUAAUUCGGAAGGGGAACAGACUGAAAGAUUGGAUGAAAACCUAACAGAUAAGGAGGAAUCUGAGAAGGAAAUGAAGUCAGUUUCAAAGACAAAACGAUUGGAAGAUGCAGAGGAGAGCCCACAUCAUACAGAUGAAUCUGAUGGAGAAGAAAUUCCUGAUUUUGAGGGGAGAAGUGCUGAAGAUAUUGGGAGUGUGCCCCAAGAUAGUAAAACUGGCGAUGAAGAGAACUCUUGUUCAGAAGAUAAAGAAGCAGAUGAAUCAAGCAGUGCUGUAAAAGAGGGAGAGGGAGCUAAUGAAGAUGGAAAAUCAGAUUCAGAAGGAAGUCAAGAAACCAAUAGAAGCAUUCCCACAAAGCAGGGGAAACCCCAGAUGAAGUCUUCAAAUCCUUCCCGUGUUUGGCAUGAAGUUUCUGAUGAUGAGCCUCUUAUGAAGUGGAAGCAUCGAGCCGGGAAGAGAGGCUCGAGACGGCUUGGCUAAGUAGUGUGGCCAUAAUAGGCUAGCAGUGAGCUUUCCAAGAAUUCACCGAGCGGCGGUGCCAUGGCGGGUUCCAGUACCUUCUGUUUAGUUUAUAGGCGCCAAGGGUAAAGAAGAUUAAUGCCAUUCAAUUGUGUAAACAGACUAAUAAACGUAGAAAGUAGUUUCCUGGCAGCCAUGUGUAGAAUGUAAAAUAGCAGCAGACAUUGUCACGUUUAGGUAACCAGUGUUAGUUAGAAAGUGGGGGGGAUGAUUUCAACAAAUGACCGUGCUAGUGGUAGAUAGAUGGGUAGGUUGUGGCAUGUAAUUUUAUGAGGUGUGGUGCAUCUCUUUUUGAUCGUUCCUGAUCCUGAUUGAUGAAUUUGAUGGGCCACAAGUACAGUUUACACUUGGGAAUAGAUGUAUCAGUAUGUCGAUAUAUUGCGUUAUAA